UUCUCCCUUUAAGCCUGCGAUAACUCCUAGUGAAGAGGAAAAGCAAGAGAGGAACCCAUUAUUGAGAAAAUGCGUCCCUGAAAACAGCAAACCCUAAAUCGAGAUAAAGGUUCGAAGAAUUUGCGAAACGAAGUGAGUUUUGGCGCGGCAGUGAAUCGUAGAUGGAGAUUCACUACAGUAGCAGCUACUUCGAAAGACGUCCCAUUCUCAAGUCCAAGGCUCCCGCAGUUAAAUGGGUUAAAGAAUGGGUUCCCCAAGAUCUUGUAACAACUGGAGGAAAAUGCAUGCUCUUAAAAUGGGUAACAGAGGAUACCUUGAAGACCUUAAAAGAAAAGACAACAGAGCCAACAAUGCCUGAGCCAGAACCAGAGCCAACUACUGAAGUACUUUUUCUUUGUAGCUAUGAUGGAUGUGGAAAGACAUUCAUAGAUGCUGGUGCAUUGAGGAAGCAUUCUCACAUCCAUGGAGAGAGGCAAUAUGUCUGUCACUACGAGGGGUGUGGAAAGAAAUUUCUGGAUAGCUCAAAAUUGAAAAGACAUUUUCUCAUUCAUACAGGGGAGAGGGAUUUUGUGUGUCCUCAUGAAGGUUGUGGUAAGGCCUUUUCCUUGGAUUUCAACUUAAGGUCUCACAUGAAAACACAUUCCCAAGAGAACUAUCAUAUCUGCCCGUACCCAGAUUGUGGAAAGAGAUAUGCUCACGAAUACAAACUAAAGAAUCACAUUGCAUCCCAUCAUGAAAAGAAUGCAUCAGUGGAUGUGACAAAAUACACUACUCCACCUUCAGAGAAACAAACAAAAACUGCUAAAUCGUCUGGAGGGGCAUAUGGUUCUGCAUCAUCCGACCGUCCCUAUGCAUGUCCAUAUGAUGGGUGUGAAAAGGCAUAUAUCCAUGAAUACAAGCUUAGACUUCAUUUGAAGAGGGAACACCCGGGGAUGAUGCCCGAUGAAAAUGCUGAGCAUGCUCAGGCUAAUAAUGUUGACAAUGAAAUGGAUGAAGCAAGUGACCAAGAUGCCUAUAUCGCGAAACGGUCAAAUGGUAAAAUUCAGAAACAGAGUAGGCCUAAACCAAGUCUUAAGUUGCCUCCUUCCAAAAUUGCAAAACGCAAAGUGUCCACUCCCACUUUAACUGUAAAUAAAAAUUCUUGGCCCGUGAAAGAUGAACCUUUUGAUGAAGAAGAUAGUGAGGAAACAGAAGAAGAUCGUGACAAUGUUGAAGAUGGUUGGAGAUAUACUGGAGGAAACAAUGAAGAUGACGAUGAAGAAACAGAAUAUGAAGACUGAAAAUCAGUUAUGGCAGCCUCUAUGAAACUUGCUUCCUUAGAGAAAUAUAUUUUCUUUUUCUUCUACAAAAAAAAAAUUCAGUUGUCUCUUUUUUAUUUGGCUAAGGAAAUGGUGUUUUGUGAAACUGAGUUGGCUAUUUACAUGCAUUAGGAAGGACUCCUAACUAUCUCUA